UCCCAAGCCAGCUCUUAACUAUCGCGCCAUUCAGCCGGCCCAUAACAUUUCUUUUUUGUCGUAUUUGGUAAAAAAAAGUAUUGGUGUGUUCUUAAAUCUAAUGGAUUCUCUUUUGAGUUUAUUUUUGUCAUGUUUAAAUCAAAGCUUCAGUUUCCUUUCCCCUGAGAGCCUACAUUGUCCUCUUUUCUUUUCCACAGCCUUCCCCAGCUGCAUUGCUUAUUUCCUUUCCCUGUUCUUCUGGCCCCUUUAUGGGAUAGUUUUUCUGAGAAAGUUACAUAUCAUGAAAACUAGAUAGUUGGAUUAGCAUCUAAGAUGGUCCAGUUUUUUCCUUUUAAAGCUGCCCUUUUCUUGGUAAUAUUUCUACCUGAGUUUCAUAUUGGCGUCCCUUGGGUGUAUUUAUUUUGUCCUUAACUUUCAUUUUCAGGAAGCAUGGUUCUGGUCCCGAGUUUAGGUGUUAGAAUGGAAAACAAGGCUGGGUGCUUUUCUGGUUUUCUCUUGUGGAAAUGGGCUUCCAUAACAAACCAUGUGUAUUUAAUUAUCUUUUUUGCCUUUUUGGUGGGUACUUAUGUUGGUAAAUAGAAGAGCCAAUAGGCAGACUCCAACUUGCAGAGCAGAGGAAGAUGAGUAGGCACAGUUAUUCAAUUUUAUUAUGUCACAUUCCCUUCAAUCAAAAUAUAUCCCACAGAGCUAACUUAUUUUCUGACUCUUCCAUUUUGUUGAGUAUGUCUUCAAGGUGACAUCUGGUUAGUAUGCCCCAUGUAUGUGUGUGCCUGACUGUGGAAAUAUAUGAUAAUAAUACAAAGUAUCUUUUUAAGAAUUACCUAUUACAUUGGUUCCCUCCCUUUAUCUUGGAGAAUUUGUAAUUCAAGGUAUUUUUUGAGGCAAGGCUCAUUAAUCUUAAGGAGGUGACUUAUACCUGUUAUAAAUGGAUACCCUGUCAGGAAAAUUCAGUACUUUUAAACGUGGCAAAAUUUAAGAGUCAGGCAGCAGAGAAAGACAAAAUGUUUUCUUAUUUACUGACCAGAAAACUUAGCUGAGAGUUGAAUUAAAUUAUUCUAUUUUUCAGUGAAAUGCUCUACAUAUCACUUCUUGCAAUCAGGAAAAAAUUGCACUUGUUUGUAGAACAGCUGAACACCUGUUGUUUUUCCUUUCUUAGGGCAGAGGUUCAGUAUUCACUGGGGAGAGGAAGGCAGUAAUUAAUUUUGUUAUCCUCUUUUUUUUGGAAGUCUGGCAUGCCCAGUCUACCAUCAACUUCUCAAGUUUAUUUGGUUUUCUUUUAAAGGCUCAGGAUGAUUUUUUUCCUUCACUGUGUAGAAAUUUUAGGCAUGAUCUGAAGGGGUGUUCAAAACGAUGUUUCCUUCUACUGUGAGCAGCAGUUACCCAUGCUUCAGUUGUUUCAGGCUGAAUUAAUCUGGCUCCCAAAUGUGUGCUGUGUCUAGACAUGUCCAGAUAAGCACUAAGCUAGAAGUUUGAAUUUCCUGGAGGAUGCUCCAGCUUCUGUAACUCAAAAGUGGUCUUACCCUGGACAGAGCUCCUUUACAAAACAAUAGCUCCCAAAGGACUCAGCACUGUUUGGUCUUUAAAGUGGAGUUUUCUUUGUAGAGUUUGUAUGUUAGUAGCAACUACUGUCCUGCCUUAACAUACCAGUAAUGUUUACUGAUAAAGCAAAAUGCACAUAUAACUGAAAGUGAGACAAAAUCGUUUUUCUCUUCUGGCUUGUCUCUUUAAUGCCUAUACCUGUGAAAAGGUCACAUUGUACGAAAAGCUCUCAAGCAGAUUAGUUAGUCUCCAGUUUUCCCACGUGAUUUGCUAACCCUCUGCUUACUAAAACCAUUAUCACUCAAAUACCUUUAGACUUUACCACAGUUACACAUUUGCUUGAUGUAAAACAACUUGUAUAUCUUUCUGGCUAAUAUAUUGUAUAAGCAUAGGAGAAUAUCUGUCAGAAAUUUAUUGCUUGAAACAAAUAGGAGGAACUGCUUCUUAAAAAGAGUUUUGUUCUUGUAUUCAUUUGAGAAAGAACAAGUUGAAGGAAUUAUUGGUUAAAGAAGUCAAAUGAUUUAAAUCAGAUCUUGUGUAUGAAUGCCUGCGUGUGUGUGUUAUUUAUUGAAGAAAAUGUGUUUCAAUUUGAGAGUUGGAAAAUUGGGUAUUUAAUUUUAAUUAUAUUUUUAUUUAUUUAAAAAGUAGAGGUGUUCUUUCAUUAUUGAUUUGAUUUUUUUCAUCCUACAAAAUGACUUGACGUAAUCUGCCCUCCCUGUUUUUGUUACAACACACUGAAACACCUUAAAUCUAUGAUAAUUUCUAAUUAUAUAAUUUUAAGAGACUUUCUUAUUAUAUAAAAUACAACAAGAAGAGAAAUCCAGCUAGAAAUCAUUUCACCUUUUUUUUCUGUAAAAUUUUUAAUGGGAUUGUGAUAGCACAGCAUAUAUUUUCUGGCUAGAUGCUAAUGAUAAAUUUUAUCAUCUACAAGUAUAUUAGGAAUUAAAUAUUAAUGUGGGGUAGUUAAUGAGUUGAUCUGCUCUCAUGCUUAUAUCUGAGAUCCUGUGAUAGCAUACCAUUCCUUUUUGAAUUAGAUAGGGCAUUUCCCCAUUUCUGAGUGUUAAACUUGUACUCAUAACCUUUAAAGGUUUUAUAUUGUAAAUAUUGAUUUAAUAUAAAUUAUUUUUAUGCAAGAUAAAAGAUGUAGAGUCUUAUUUUGCUUCAUCUUAGAAUGCACAGCAGAAUGACUGGGUAAGGAAUGUGAAUAGAGCUUUCCCCUGCUUUUUUUUCUUUUAAAUUUGUACUGCUAAAUAUACCAGGAAAUUGUCAUCAAAAUCAAAUCCGAGGACUUCUACAGAUAUUACAGUUCAAUUUUAGUUACAAAAGUGAAGAAAUCUUUUAAAAGGUCUUAGAGAGUCCACUUUUAUGUUCUUGAUGAAAUAGUAACUAGAUAUCUGGCUAAUCAGAGUUUAUUUUUAUUUUGGGACAGUUGGAAGGAAUUGAACUUUGAUCCUAGUCACUUUUAUAACUUGUGAAACUGAGCUCAUUUAACACUUAAUGUAUCUGUGUUAACUUUUUAGUAGAGACAAAUUAUGUUUCUAUGCAGGUGAAUUCAUCUGUUAUGAACAAAGGCUGAUGAGGGAGAAUUUGUGCAGCCACAUACAAUUUUUAUUGAAUUAAAGGGAAAAAUUCAGACACUGACAAAAAAGGGUUGGACUGACAAACAGUAUCCUGAAUACUACAGAAAUGAGGAAAAGUGUCAGUGGGCAACAGAGAACUUUGUCCUACUCAGAGAUCCUCAAGUAAUCUCUGUCCCCUCCCCCCAACCUCCUGCCAGAAUGUUGGGUUUCUAAGAAUGAGCAGAUUAACGGAUAUCAGGAGUAGUGUUGCCUGGGCUGAGGAUAAGGAUCAUUUGCCAGUUACAGUAUUGAAUGAAGCAUUACAGGCCUUCUUGGUAUGUGUCUCUGUGAGGGUAUAGGAACUUAGCCAAGGAGACUUAAAGCUGAUGUAGUUGGAAGGAAGUCACAUAGUAAGGAAACUACUGAAGGCCAAGAGAGAGCAGCAAGAAUAGAAACAGUCUCCAAGUCUGAAAGACUCGGAGUUGGACAGCAGUCACCCAUGAGGGAGCCAGUAUAGAGCUGAGGAUAAUACCUGAGUCUCCAAGGAUCAGCGGGUCAGGGAGAACUGCCACUGAUGGACAUAGGCCCUGCGUCAUCCACAGAUUCCCUGAGGCCAUGUUAGUGGCAGCCUCUGUGAGAGAUUCUGACUCUAUACUGCCUUCUCUAUGGAAAAACCAAGCGGCCUUGAAAGAGGGUAAGAUAAAGUUUCAAACUUGGACUCAACAGAGGGACUUGAAGCUGGGGCCAGUGCCACGAUCGUCCUGUGUCAGGGUGGGGAUUCUGUUGCUCUUGGUGAGUUUUCUGCCAAGCCUGUACUGUGACCUGGGCUCAGUGUAUUACUCUGCUUAUGAAACAGUCAUCCUCAGGAGUCUGACAGCUGAGGGAGGGAAAGCCCCAGGGGAAGAGGCAUCCUAUGUGAUAUUUAUGCAGGGCCAGGAGCAGCUGAUACACCUGAAGGUGAAGAGAGACUAUUUUGUGAAUAACUUUCCAGUCUUUGGCUACCACAAGGGCAUUGUGAGGCAAGAGGCGCCUUUCCUCUCACAUGACUGCCACUAUGAAGGCUACAUAGAAGGAGUUCCGGGGUCUUUUGUUUCUGUCAACACCUGUUCAGGCCUCAGGGGCAUCCUGAUUAAAGAGGCAAAAGCCUAUGGCAUCGAGCCCAUGAGCUCUUCCAAGCGCUCUGAACAUGUGUUGUAUGCCAUGGCACAUCAAGCUCCAGUCUCGUGCGGGCAUGAGGAUGUCCUCCUGUUUGCGGCGCUCAUGGUCCAUGAGCUUGGGCAUAACUUGGGUAUUCAGCACGACCACUCGGCCUGCGUUUGUGAGGACAGGCCCUUUGGCCUCAUGCACGAGAAUAUCAGUAAAGAAGGUGGCUUCAGCAACUGCAGCUCUGACUACUUCUACCAGUUCCUCCGGGAGCACAAAGGGGACUGCCUGUUUAACAACCCUCGGCACGGGGGCCGCUGGCGUCGGGAUUCCUACUGUGGAAAUGGGGUGGUGGAAGAUACUGAGCAAUGUGACUGUGGUUCUGCAUGUUAUACUGACCCGUGCUGUGACAACACGUGUAGGCUGAAGGGGAAUGCAAACUGCAGUGACGGACUUUGCUGUUUUAACUGCCAACUGAGAUACGAGGGAUUCCUAUGCCGUCCUACUGUGGGAGAGUGUGACCUCCCUGAGUAUUGUGAUGGCUCCUCUAGAGAAUGCCCCACAGACAGCUACAAGCAAGAUGGCACGCCGUGUAACAGAAUUCACUAUUGCGCUGUGGGUCGCUGUAAGAACCCUGAUAACCAAUGCAUGGAUAUAUAUGGGUCCCCUGCAAGGUCUGCUCCAGAAGCCUGUUAUAUUUUAAUAAACAGCAGAGGGGACCGGUUUGGAAACUGUGGCCGUCCCACUUCUGCAACGUCAAGAUAUGUGAAAUGUUUUGAUGAUAAUACAUUUUGUGGGAAAAUUAUAUGCACAAACAUUAAACAGAUACCAUCAAUCAAACCCCAUCACACACUGAUCCAGAUUCCUUAUGAAGAUGACUACUGCUGGAUCAUGGAUGCCUUUAACACUACUGAUGUCCCUGAUGAUGGAGAUACGCACACUGGCACUCUUUGUGCCCCCACCAAAGUCUGCAUGAAUAGUUCCUGCACUGAUUAUGCCGUGCUCAACUAUGACUGCAAACCAGAAGAAAUGUGUAAUGGGAAAGGAGUAUGCAACAAUUUAAGGCACUGCCAUUGUGACUAUGGCUAUGCGCCCCCUGACUGCAUAUCUCCAGGUAAUGGGGGCAGUGUGGACAGUGGUCCCCCUGGCAAAACAACUGAUGAAAAUGAAAGUGCAGGUGGAAGUGGCAUUCCUGCUAAACGUGACGAUGAAGCUCCACAGUUGAACGUUUUGAUUUUCAUAUUCCCUUCCAUUCUUUUACUAAUUUUGGUGAUAAUAAUAUUUUUCAUUAGCCUCAAUGCAGGAAUUGAGUCAGUAGCGCCCCCAGGGGGCUCCUCAGAGGAGAGUUCAGAAGAAGCCAUUGCAAAGUCAGAGACUCUCCUACCAACGGAAUCAGAAAUGGAAGCAGCGGUCACAGAGGGGGUCCUACCAGAAGGUGCCCCAUCACUGGAGGGGGCCCCACCACUGGAGGGGGCCCCAUCACUGGAGGGGGCCCCACCACUGGAGGGGGCCCCACCACUGGAGGGGGCCCCAUCACUGGAGGCGGCUACACUAUUGGAAUAUGCCCCAUCAUCAGUGGGGAUCCUAUCAACGACGGCAUCUCCACCACCAGAAAAGGCCCCAGCAGAGCCUGCAUCAUAAGAGGUAGCAGGUGAAAGACAGGUAUAACUAAAGGCAGAAGAGUAGUGGAGGAAGAACCCAAAUAAUA